UCUGCCAUUUCAAAAGGGAAAUUUAAGGCUGAAAAAUGUUAAAACAUUAAAAACAAAAUGUGUUCUUAAGACGUGAAUGAACAUUAACUACAAAAAGAACACGGAGGGCAACAAACUAGCAGUCUGGUUAAAAUAAUUACUUAAAAGCUAUCAGGGCAUGUUUCCACAAUACUUUAAUCAGGUUAAUAACUAAAUCUUGAAUUAAUAAGUUUAAAGUUCAUAACGAGUUUCUUUCUUUCCUUUCUAAGAGUCCGGUGCGUGUGAGUUAGUGUAUUCCCUGGUCAUGUGUUAUAUUUCUUUCCAUUCUUACACCUCAAAAUCAACUAUGAUUAUCUAAUUGUCUGGUUAGGAUUUCAGUUCUGAGAUGUUUAUUCAUAUCACUAAAAUGCUAUGCAACAGUGGGUGAAUGUGGGGAAAUUGUGGGUUUUCUAUGUCAAAGUACAUUUUAAUAAGCAAUGGUUUAAUUUGAUCAUUUAAGAAUGUUAAGGUUUAAGUUAAUAAAGAAAAAAAGGGGGAAGUCGUCUAGGCAAGACUCCACCUACCUGGAAGAUGAUUGGGUUUUUAGAAAUUAUACUUGCAGUUAGGAAACCUAUCACAAGUUAGGGCCAAUACGUCACGAAGGGAACGUGUUUUCCAAUAAAGGGGGAUGUUAGUUCAUUCAGUAGGUAGUUCGUGGUUCGCAGUUCGGAGUUCGUGCGCUUUUUAGGUUUAGUUAAGUUCAAUUUUUUUUAAGUAAUUUUAACUUAGAGUUUUAGUUAGAAUUUUGUACUCUCUCUUUUGUUUUACUAUCUCUUAGAUUCAGCUUAGUGAUUCUUAAGUUCGUGAGUCAUAGAUCCUAGCUCUAGCUGCGCUUGCAGCGCACCCGCACUGACUAACACAAGUCCAGCGAUUAUCAACAGAAUUAGAGAAUUAGGUGCUUCCAGCUAUUGAACCACCUUAGCGCUACGGAGCUGCCUAUAGUUCACCGCUCAUACUUAGCGUUAUACAUCGCUCGCCCGACCAGACCCAGACGCGAAGAGAACCCUUGAUCAAUCAGCUGUCCGGAGCGAGGCUCCCGCUUGCCGUUGGAACCGAAGCCCUGCUUGCACCGUGAAGUCCACCUGAAGAACCCGCUUGGCCACCUGGAUCGAGCUACCCUUCCUGGCGGUCGACACCGACGGUUCCCUUCGCGGCAGAGACGACACCGGUUGCCCGAGGCCGGUCAACGCAAAGAAGAUGAGGACUCUCCUGCUCCUGACGCUCGUGCUGGGGACGAUCGUCGCGGCCCCUGAUGUGAUCUCCCCCGGACCUACCUCAGGAGUAGUUCUUAGGGAUAAUUCGGGACUACUAAUCACAAACUGCCGGUUACAUACCCAAAGGGUGUUUGUACGACUGAACCCGGAGGAAGUAUGUAAAAAGAACUUCCCUGAUUGGUCCCGCCAAGUGGGGUGGGCUGGGCAUUGGUGGGUACGAGAGGCAGUAAGCCAUGCCGAACGAGACACCACCCACAUGCUACAACAGCUGCAAAAAUUUGCGGUCACACAGUCUGAACUGAAUGGGGCUCAAAAGAGAUCCAAACGGUUUCUUGCAGGUUUAUUAACUGCUGCCGCCGCUGUAGGCUCACUCCUUGGCGUCGGCACAUCCGCUGUUAAUGCCGUGGGCCUAGCCACGGUCCGCCGUAAUGUAGGGGAACUACAGGCAGAACUACCACACAUCAAGGACCAAAUAGACACCCAACAGAGACAGCUACAGGCAAUUGGACAAACUUUACAGGGUACCAUUGUGGUCCUCAAUACCCACACGGUAGCUUUAAACAAAACUCUGCAAACGAUCACCUCCCUGACCCGGGCAAUCCAGACAGAUAUGGCUCACAUCCAAGUGAUUAACAUGCUUUUGAAUGACAUGCUACAGGAAGUGGGAUCCUCAGUAGACAGUCUAGCUAUGGGCAAGAUACCAGCUUAUCUGGUGCCUUUAACCCUGGUACAGGAAAUCCUCAGUCGGGCUACCCGAGAGGAAGUUACUGAUCUCCAAGCACAUUUAGCCUAUACACUCGGAAGUGCAGUACCUCUUUAUGUCAAUCCAGAAAAUAGAGAAGUAGCUUUUCUGGUCAACUUACCUAUAAUAGCUGCGGAAAACAUUUAUCGCUUAAAGGAAGUGGUAAAUGUUGGGUUUUGGCAAAAAGAAGCACACAUCAAAAUUCAGACUCCGACCUUGGUAGCUUACCAAGACAGCAAUCCUGGACUUUAUCUGGCCCCAAAUUUGCGCAUGUGUACCCUGUCCAAGGAUAUACACUAUCUCUGUCCCAGUAAACCGUUCACUCGAGAGGGUGCCGGCAAUCUUUGUGGCCUUAAGCCCAUGCUCACUAAGGACCAGUGUCCUGCCACUGUCACUCAUAGGUACCAACAGGUCGAGACUCAGGUUGAAAUCGUAGGGAGCCGGUGGCUGGUAAAUACUGCGGCACGGGAAGCUGUGUUGUCCUAUGACCAGCAUGAUAUCGAUGAACGUAUUCCCCUUCCGGAACAAACAUUUUGGGUAGACGUACCACCUGGGGCUACUCUGCAUGUUGGGGAAUGGUCCCUGUACCACUUAGUACCUGAUCAAUAUGAGAGUGAAAUUGAGGUGUCUGAUUUCUUUACUACCCACUCCUUAGAACUCAGCCCUGACACCCUUGGUCGGAUACAGUAUGAGGGUCCCCAGUCUAUCGAUUUGACCCCCAUCAAUAAUGUCUUAAAAGAGAUCGAGUCGCGUCCCACAUGGACAGUCCAACCUGUAAGAUACUCCUGGUCAUUGCCCGAUACCUUGUUAGCUGCGCUGGUAUGUCUGGGGUAUGUAGCAACCUUUGGUAUAACGUGUUUUUAUCGUAGGAAGACCGUGAAGCUACAGAGACAAAUGGAUUCAUGGUCGGGUAAGGUGGUUAGAUUUGUGAGACGUAGAAGGGGGGGUCAAGAAGUGUCAGUGGAAACUCAGGAGGACGCAACUGAUGAACCUAUGCAGGUAGCUGCAGUAAGGGAAGUGGUUUAGCUCUGGUUUGGAUAAUGUAAUGCAGCCUGUUGUGUACUGACCAGCAAAUGCCACCAGUAAGAGUUGAGAUACCCAGUAACCUCUUUUGUCCACAGCUAUCUACGUCAUCUCAUCGACUGAUAACCUGGAUCUCUGCUGAUUAUCACCCGAUGGGGGGGGAUAUGUAGCAGAUAGCCUGAUAUCUCAUUGUGAAAUCACACUCUGUUCCCUUAAAUCCACUUAAGAAAUUCCACUGGAGAGCAGAGGGGGAUCUCCCCAACCUUGAAUGAUAACACUUUAACGACUUUUACGACCAUUUGCUGGAAACAUCUGUCUCGCUAAAAGCAUCUGAACAAAGACCCAUAAACUUUGGGGAUUAACAUGUCACCUGCUGAUCCGCUAUCUUCGGAGCACACCUCUUAAACAGUCACAACUAAUUUUCACACACACACACACGCAGUUUGACCCUUUAACUGGUCAAGGACCCGUGGACCAUUUAACAAGACAAUACUGCCACCCGCAGGAGAAGAAAGGAACUUUUCU